AUUACCCCGCAAUUUUGAAUACACAUUAAGUCUUUUUUUUUUUAAAAAAAAAAAAUUAGCCCUCCCUCUUUUCCUGCUACUGCUCUUCUUCUCUUUUACUUUGUUGCAUUUUCGCGCCCUCACUAUUUUCUUUCCAACCAUUCAUAUGGCAAAUACAGAUUUACCAUUCCCAAAUAGUAGUUCGCGGCAUGAAAAUGGGUCGCUUUUUGGACUGACUCGCUAUGGACGGAAAAAGAGAACGGUUUUCCUCCUAUUGAUCAUUGUCGUUGGGUCUGUGCUAUGGUUCAAUUCUGACUUGCACCGACUCACCAACAACUCGAGUGACUUACAGCAAGAUAAUAUAGCCAACUAUAUACCAGAUGAUGCUACAGGAGUGAGUUUCGAUGAAUUGAGUAAAGGAGCUGAUGCUGCGAAGAGCGCUCAUGAAACAAGCAAAAUUGACGUUGGAACAGAAGGACAGCCAUUGAUCGAAGAGAAUGAAGAUGAAGAACUAGAACUGAAUGAGCAGAAAAAGAAAGAUGCGCAGAACGAGAACGCCGCAGUUGUGAGUAAGAAGCCACCGACAACAAGCGCUGACAAUACUUCGGGAAGCAAGACCAAAAGUAACAGCAAUAAUGGCAGCAGCAACAAGCUACCUUCUGCAGCCACCAUUGAAUUACAACCACAACACUUUAAAUACUUUUUGGUGAUAGCCACAAAAGCCGAUCAUUUAAGCCGCCGUCAGAUUAUUCGACAAAGUUAUUUUGGUUUAACGGAUAAUAUGGAAGCUUGUUUGAAGAGAGACAAAGGUUUAAAUUACUUAUUUUGGAUUUAUGGCGAAGAACCCAAACCUAAAACGCCAGAGCGUCGCUUAUAUGAAGCUGAAAAAAUGGAAUGGAACGAUUUAGAGAAGGUUGGCUAUGACAGUUAUGAUCAAAAUGCUAUCCUGAAAUGGGUUGAAACUACUCUAAAUGAAAGAGGUGUAACCUACGACUAUUUGAUUAUACAAGACAGUUAUUCUUUGGUUCAACUGAAUUAUAUUCAGCAACAACUGCAAGCCGAAGCGGGAAAAAUGUGGGAGGUCAGCAAGUCGGUCACGGACCUCGCCUGGCUCCCUGCUCAAAGUGAUAAAGUACUCAUUGCUGGUAAAGAUGCAGUGAAAAAAGCCAUGGCCAGAGAAAACGAGCUCAAAGAUAUUAGCGUCCAAGAUGAUGAAAAUGCUAGCCCUUCAACGAUCAUGGCCAAUUACUACGAGUUUUACAGAUCCAUUUCGGUUCAAAUGAACUUUAUCACUACGAAAAAGGAUGUUGAUCGUUUAAAAACCAUGCUCGGAGAGCUUCCUGUCUUUGUUUCUCGAGACGAGAAUAGGUUUGAGACAUGGACAAAUAACGUUGAAAGCAUUCCAGAUAUGACAGUAGCCGUCAGCAACAUCUAUCAGGACGCCGAUUUCACUUCUGUCGCUGAAAAGUUAAAUGUCGGAGCAGCAUCCCUCUGUAAAACACUGGAAAGACCUACGAUCGCGGUCAUGACUUCUUCAUUUAUUUACCCUGAUGGUUGUAUGGAACGAUCUGCCUCGUUGGCUGCAGACAACAAACGCCAGUAUGCGCUUCGACAUCAGUAUGCUUUUGUCUCGCGAUCAACAGAAUUUGCCCAGCAAGAAGUUCGUGAUGUUAAACGAAGAACUGUGUGGGGUAAAAUAGACGCAGUGCAAAAGGUAUUGCCAAAGUAUGAAUGGAUUUUCUGGAUGGAUAUGGACGCUGUGAUCAUGAACGCAGAUCAAACACUCCAAGGUAUUCUUGAUGAUUUACGUGUCAAAUAUCCGGAAGGACCUCGUGCAUUUGAGAAGAACAUUGAUUUGGUGAUUGCAAAGCCUACCCGAGACAAAAUGAUAAAUGCCGGUGUGUUCCUUUUGCGUAACACAGAAUGGGCACAUAAGUUUCUAAAUGCAGUACAGGCUUCCAAAAACUGGUAUAAUAAGGGACCAUCGUAUGAGCAAGGCGCGAUGUGGGAUAUUAUCCAAUUGCCGGGCUAUAAGGAAAAAGUAUUACUGCUGGAGAAUGACGAUCAUACGUUUAACACUUUGCCAAAACGUUAUAUACCGGGCGAUUUUAUUGUACAUUUUGCACCCGAUAAAUGCCCAGGACCAGCUGUCUUGAAAGGGUUGGAAGCAGCCAAGAGAAUCCAACAGGGUGAGAUGGUUCUCACAAUGGAUGACGAGUAACAAAAAAAAAAAAAAAAGAUAAACAAACAAAA